AAUGCUGCAAAAAAUAAAAUCAGUGUGGAUGCAAACGGAGCAAAGGUGCCAUUUGAUCUGUUUCACAGUGGAGGACCAUACUCAUGCUACUCCACAUACAAGUUUCAGAAUGAUUAUAGUGAAGAAAGUGGAAGACUGUCUGCAGCUUUUGACCCAGAUUUCUCCUUCUGCAAGCAACUGCCUCUACCCUACCAUUCCUGGGCAACACAGGACGAACAUUUUCAACUGAAGGAUUGUGCUCAAAGCACCCCCAAAAACAGGAAUCUUAAAGACAGCAUUGACUGUGGGAGCGAGGCUGAUCUCUAUGGAUUAGUGUCCACCAUCUUGGAAGAGGUUGAGCCAGUGGAUUCCUAUUUUUCUCAAGAUAGAAUAUCAACUGGUCUUACGACUGGGUGGUCCCCGAAGUCCCAGAAGGAGAACAGCUUGCAGUAUCUUAAUUCUGAGCUAAAGGUACAGUCCAGUUCUGGAAUGCAGCACAAUCCUGAGCCCGGUAUCAAACUCCAUACUCGUCCCAUGGAAAGAGACUCAAAUCAAAGUGCUGACAUGUUCCCACAUUUCAGUGGCUUUGAGGCUGCUGACCCAUCCUGGCUCUUUUCUCCCUGCAACGGAGAAUCUAAAUCUGAAUCCUACACCCCGGCUUUCCUAAAUUUACCCAGACCACCUCCUGGCCUUGAUAUCUCGCAUGCCAUGAGAUCCCACUUCUCCAAGAGUAAACCAGUUAAAUCAGAGCACAGCAACUUUUGCAGCAACAGUGGUGAGAUCUCUGAGGGCCUGGAGACCCUUAAUGAUCAAUGCUGCCUUCCAAACAAAACAAAUGACUCCUACUUCAGCUCAUACCAAGAUUUCUCUGGCUUGAGUGGACCCAAAGUCGAAAAGAACAGACCAUUGUCUAUGCAAGAUGUCAGCAAACUGGCCAUGAACUUUGAGGCUUUUCUUAUGGGGGAGCAGGAGGGCAUGUAUAAUCGAGAAUCAGUUCAGAGCAGUUACAUGAAAGUUCAAGAUGAAAACACAACAGAGCUGAAGGAUCUGCCUUUCCAAAGGAUGCCAGCAUUUGAAGGUCAUCUUGCAAGUCUUAAGAGAGAAGUCACAAGGGAGCAAAGAUGUACUGAUUUUGGUCAGGAGUCAGCAGGCUAUUUUGAACCUUCUAAACCCUUCUCACCCUCUUUUAACUUUUCAACUCACCAAAGCAAAGAAUCCAAUCAGAGAGAAGCAAGGAAUCUUCAGACCGGCAUCCAUCAGUAUCACUGUUACACCAAGCCUCCACCCAAAACAGGUGUCAACACCGAUCCUCAAGGGACGGCAAAAUUCAUGUCUCAGUCUGUCGCUGAGCUUGUUCCUGUUCUGUCCCAACAACAGAUGCAGAGGACCGUACCUAGAAUAUUGACUGAUUUUGGGCAGAGUGAUGGCAGGAUGGGUCGCGUGGGCAUGGGUUUAGAGAACUUGGGGAAGAUAGGAGGCACUGUAGACAGAGGAGAAUUUGACCUACAAUCAAAGGUGGGUAGGUUGCACACACAGUCGGCAACAGGCUUUAUAGCAGACGCACAGCCUUCUCUGCGGUUUGGAGUAAAACCUCAAUCCCCAGCUGGCUUUCCCAAAGAGGCAGACAAGAAGAAAGGUCUGCUCCACAACCCAUAUCAGAGUCUAGGCAAUACGUAUGCAGGCCAGGCCAGACACAAUGGAGCCAAACAUGCACCAUCGCAGAUGUUUCCUUGCUUGUACCAAACGGGAGUUGUUGGACAGAACCCAUGCCACAUGUUCCCUUCGCGAUCCCUGCUGACCUACGGUGGCUCCGUGCCUGUAGUGGAUCUGAGUGAACUACAGUCCGAUGCGGAAUUCGCCGCCCUAAACCCCUACCUGCAGGAGAUGAGGGGGCUGAACUUACCUAAAGGAGAUGGGCCCUUUCCUGGGUUAAUCUCCAAUCAAAGCAACAGUCAUUAUGGCCCUCUGAGCCAGCUGCACUAUUAUCUGGAAAAGUGCUGUGAAUGGUGGAGAGUUUUGGAGAAAGAGAGAAAGAAGACAGAAGUUAUCCUGAUAAAGAGCUUCCCAAGCAAGUCUCUAUCUGUGAUGAACAGUAACGCUGUGCCCAAGCUGCAUCUCAACCCCUCCAGAGUGGACAAGCUUAUAGUGGACCAGUUUCGAGAACAAGCCAAGGUGGUGAGCUUGUUGGGGAAGAUGGAGCGCUUGAGAAGUUUUCCUCUCCAUGCUAAUAUCAGCUCGACACUGGACAGGCACCUCGAGGCCAUCUACAUCACUCAGGCUCGCCGCAAGGAUGAGUUCCUCAACAGCAUCAGACAGAGACAGGGUGUGACCAACCUCAGAGAGGACAGAGAUAUCCUGCUUCUGGCCUCUGCUCUGAAGGACCUGAGCAGGAACACCAGGAUGUCGUGCACCGCUCUGUGGUGCGCUCUGCAGAUGACUCUGCCCAAAAAAAGCACCCGUGCCGAAGACGGAGAAGAGGGGAACGGGAACGCGUGUUCGGUUUUAGCGCACGACCGUUCUGAUGAGAUCGCCCUUGAAAAUGUGCUGACUUUUUAA